AUGACAGUGAGUCAGCUGGUACGGAAGCGGAUGCAGCGUGGAGUUUCGGUUCGACGGAGGAGUGAACUGACAAGGACCCUUUAUCAAAAUGUGGACAAUCACAAUUCGAGCAGACACAAAUUGUUUAUGGGUCCUAUUCUGGAUCACCUACUCUCAAUUUUUGGCCGUGUCCUCUGAUGACAUCGUGGUCGCAUGUGGGGGGUUUGUGAAAUCCGACGUUGAAAUCAAUUACUCAUUGAUCGAGAUUAAACUCUACACCAAACAAGGUUCCUUAAAACACCACACUGAUUGUGCACCUAUAAAUGGAUAUUUUAUGAUUCCUCUAUAUGACAAGGGAGAUUUUGUUUUAAAGAUUGAACCUCCCCUUGGAUGGAGUUUCGAGCCCACUAGUGUGGACCUCCAUGUGGAUGGUGUCACUGAUAUUUGUACAAAAGAACAGGACAUCAAUUUUGUUUUCACUGGCUUUUCAAUAUCGGGAAUGGUCUUGAGUAAAGGUCAUCUCCUUGGUCCACCUGGAGUAGAAGUUAAAUUGAGUAGAGCCGGGACAGAUGAGAAUCUUCAGACUGUCACCACCCAGCCUGGAGGAGCGUAUAACUUUCACAAAGUUCUCCCUGGAACAUAUGACAUCAUUGCUUCUCAUCCUUCCUGGAUCUUGGAGCAGAGUGCCACAACAGUACACAUUUCUACUGCCAAUGGGCUGGCUGCUGACCAUCUGGUUGUUGGAGGAUACGACGUCUCAGGGGAGGUCCGCAGUGAUGGAGAGCCUAUGAAAGAGGUCACCUUCCUACUUUACUCGGCUACAGUGAAAAGAGAGAAUGUGAAAGGGUGCAACUUUUCUCCGGUGGAGGGAGCAGACUCGGGGGACAGCUCCUUAAUCUACCUGUGCAAUGCCCUCUCCAGGGAAGACGGUACCUUCACCUUCCCCUCAUUAUCUAGUGGGGAGUACACAGUGGUACCCUUCUACAGAGGAGAGAGGAUCACUUUUGAUGUUUCUCCUUCCAGAAUGAGUUUCAAGGUGGAGCACAACAGUUUGACGCUGGAGCCCAUUUUUCGUGUCAUGGGUUUUUCUGUGACUGGUCGGGUCCUUAAUAGUGUUCAUGGGGAAGGUGUAAUUGAUGCUGCUGUCUCCAUCAACAAUCAGUUCAAAGUUGUCAGCAAAGAGGAUGGUUCUUACAGGCUGGAGAACAUGACAGCGGGUACUUACACCAUCCGCGUCCACAAGGAGCUGAUGUUCUUUGAACCAGUAACAGUAAAAAUUGCCCCCAACACUCCACAACUUCCUGACAUCAUCACAGCAGGGUUCAGUGUUUGUGGACAGAUCUCCAUCAGUCGCCUGCCUGAAGGCAUGAAGCAGCAAGGUCGCUACAAGGUCACAUUGACACACAAAGGCCAAGACAAGACAUCUGGUCGGAUCAUUGACUCAGACACCCAGGGAGCUUUUUGCUUUCAGGCGAAAACUGGAGAUUACAGCGUCCAUGUAUCGCUACCUGAGGUAGAUGUAAAAGCGGGCCUGGCUCUGCAUCCGAAUUCCCUGGAGUUCUCAGUUGUGGACAAGCCCCUCACAGACCUACUUUUUACCCAAUUUAUGGCCUCCAUCUCUGGAAAGGUCUACUGUUUGGCAUCUUGUGAUGACCUGUCAGUAACACUCCAGCCGGUGAGCCGCUCAGGAGAAAGAAGGAUUAUGCCUCUCUCAGGCAGCAGCGACAUUCUCAAUUUCUCCUUUGAUGAUGUUCUGCCUGGGAAAUACAAAGUAAGCAUUUCUCAUGAGGAGUGGUGUUGGAAACAUAAAUCCAUGGAAGUCGAGGUUGUGGACACUGACAUCUUGGGUGUUGAGUUCCGGCAAAUUGGCUACAUCCUGCGUUGCUCCCUCUCUCAUGCCAUCACUUUGGAGUUCUUUCAGGAUGGCAGCAAACCCGAAAAUGUAGGCAUCUACAAUCUCUCCAAAGGAGUCAACCGUUUUUGUCUCUCCAAACCAGGUGUCUACAAAGUCACCCCUCGCUCCUGCCACCAAUUCGAACAGGAUUUUUACACCUACGAUACCUCAGCACCCAGCCUCCUGACUCUUACUGCAGUGCGCCAUCACAUGACCGGCCUCAUUACCACCGACAAGAUCCUGGAUGUCACAGUCACUAUCAAAUCUUCCAUUGAGAGUGAGCCAGCAUUGGUUCUUGGCCCCCUGCGGAGUCUGGAAGAGCAGAGGCAGGAGCAGCAGUUGCAGGAGAUUCAGUUGCGACGCUUAGAACGAGAACGACGAGCUGCUGAAGAGGAAGGGGCCGUCAAGGAUGAUAGUCCACCUAUCCAAGAAAAGGCCGAUGAUCUGACAGGCCCCUUCCACUAUGAGUUUUCCUACUGGGCCAGGGCUGGAGAGAAAAUUACAGUGACACCCUCCUCCAAGGAGCUUCUGUUCAACCCCCCUGAAGUGGAAGCGACGAUCACAGGAGAGUCAUGCCCUGGUCGCAUGGUGGACAUAAUGGGUCGUGCAGGGCUUUUCCUGGAGGGCAAGGUGUCACCCGAGCUGCAAGGUGUUGAGAUCUCCAUCAGUGAAAGAGGAGCUACUUCACCACUCAUCACAGUGGCCACCAAUGAGAAUGGUGCAUACAGCGUCGGUCCCCUCCACAGCAACAUACAGUAUGACAUUAGUGCCAUUAAAGAAGGAUUUGUUCUGACUCAUGUGGAUGGAAGCCAGGGAGAUUUCAAAGCUUUUGCUCUGGCUGGAAUCACCUUCAAGAUAAAAUCAGAAGAUGGUCAUCCAUUGUCUGGAGUCCUCCUGUCACUAAGUGGCGGACAAUUUCGGUCUAACCUCUUAACCCAGGACACUGGUCUACUCACAUUCAAUAACUUGAGUCCAGGUCAGUACUAUUUCAAGCCAAUGAUGAAAGAAUUCCGCUUUGAGCCAACAUCCCAAAUGAUUACGGUAGAAGAGGGUCAAAUCCUCAGUAUCGAGAUAACUGGGAUUAAGACUGCGUAUAGCUGCUAUGGAACAGUGCAGUCUUUAAGUGGUGAUGCAGAGAGGGACAUUGCCGUAGAAGCGGUAGGUCAAGGAGACUGUAGUAUAUACAGUGAGGACACUGUCACUGAUGAGGAAGGUCGCUUCAGGCUUAGAGGUCUGCUGCCUGGUUGCAAGUACCUGAUCCAACUACGAGCUGAAGGUAAUGACCACAUAGAGAGAGCCUUACCACAACAAAGAGCCAUAGAGGUUGGCAGCAGUGACAUUGAGGGAGUCAACAUCAUUGCCUUCAGACAAAUCAAUCAAUUUGACCUUAGCGGGAAUGUCAUUACAUCCCCGGAACAUCUAGCAACUUUAUCGGUGAAGCUGUACAAGAGUGACAACUUGGACAACCCCCUUCACAGUGUCUCACUGGGCCAGUCCCUCUUCUUCCAUUUUCCCCCAUUGGACAGAGAUGGAGAGGGCUACAUUCUUAUGCUGUACUCCACACUGUCCCACACACAGUAUGACUACACUCUACCUCAGGUCUCUUUUACUUCUAGUGGUUACCAUAAGCACGUAACCCUCACCUUCAACCCAACUCGCAAAAUGCCUGACCAAGAUGUCGCCCAGGGGUCCUACAUUGCUUUACCCCUCACUCUCCUGCUACUGUUAGCUGCAUAUAACCAUGAAAAGGUCAUCCCCUUACUUCUGCAAGUGAUGAAUCGCAUUCAGGGUGUAAGGAGCAUGACUCAGACCAGUGGAGACGGUGCCAUCUUGGAAGAAGUCAAACGUCAGGCCAAGAGGCAGAAAGCCCGACGUACAUGAGGCAAAAAACACCUAACACAUUUUAUUAGGCCACUAUCAUCAAGGCCGCAACUUGCCAAGUGACUGGUUAAACUAAAUCUUUACUGCUGUUUUUAAUCAGUGCAAGAAAGCCUGACAUCAUCCUCAUUUUUUGCUCACACUCACUGGCGCAACUGAUGUGCACUUCCAUACAUUUGUGGUCAAAUUAUGUAAAUGUAAUUAGUGAGAGCAACUUAAAUUUAUUUUUUACCAUUCAAAAACACUUGAUCAUAUAGUUGUGAGUCAGUUCAAAGCCAGCUCAAAUACAAUGCAAGAAAAAUAUGUUUUAAGAACUUGAGCAUGUCACAUGGCAGCUUUGCUCACAGGACAAAAAAAAAAUUGAGAAACUGUUGAGAAACUAACAUGGAGGGUAUUUGAGAUGCCAUGUUGAGGUUUCGGUUUACUCAAAUCUUAUCGUUUUUGUAACACAAGGCACCUCAUACCGGAGCUAUUCAGUCACUAAUGUUCAAGUGGAUACUGUUUUUGUUGGAUUCAAAUGGCAAUCUUGCUGUAUUGUUGUUGUUGGAUUUCAGAAAUCCUUGAUGUUAGUUUUGUCAUUAACAUUGAACAAGCCAUUUUCCACACUUAAUAUUGAUCAAGCAUUUGUAAACUAAGUAAAACCAACUAGUGGGGACUCAACAAAAAUAUUGAUUCAUGAAAAAUAUAAUCAAAUUUCAACAAGGGUCUGUGCCCGACAGUGACCAUUAUACAAAUAAUAACAAUGUAAUUUCUUCAUACACGGUCAUGCAUUGCAAGUGGCUGAUUUAUUAUUUAUUUUAACUCAUUUAAUCUUUGGCCAAUUAAGUAUAUGUAUGCUUUACUGCCUGCAGCAUAUACGGUGUGCGGCAAAUAGUAAAUUUAAUAUUCCUAUUAAUUCCAGUUGAAGUUUUCCAACUUUUGAAACCUGAACGUCUGCAACCCUGUGAGUGGUAAGUUAAUGUGUUAAUGUAAUUUGCUAAUGACCUCCAUGUGGGGAAACUGCACUCGGAUAUCAUGAAGUGAUGUGAUUUUCUCUGUUAUGUCAACAGCAAUCCACACCCCUGUGUUUCUAUUUCUACAAAAAGUAGACAUAUUAGUUUUGACAGAAACAUUCUGAUGAUAACUCUGUUGAACUGAUUGUGAAACACUUUUCUGGGUUAUGAAAAUGUAGAUUUUGAUCAUGUGUGUGUGUGUUUUUUUUCUACUUUCUGGGAUUGUGGGUACUGAAUAUCAACUUGGACUGAGAUUUUAAUUUAUUUACAUGACUGAUAAAAUGUGAGUAUGUAACUUGUUGUAUUGAGUUCAUUUUGCCUACACUUAAAGAUUACCGUAGUCAUUUUUUUUUUUCUUGGUCUGGGAUAGAAAAAAAAAAAGACUAAUAGUGAGUAACUGUUCUCUAUUAGUGUGGGUAAAAUUUACUUGAUGAGUAGUAUAUUAUUCAUCUGGCCAUAAUUAAGGAAAAGGGUAUAUGAUUUUUUUGUUUGGUUGGUUUAACACUCACUGUUGAUAGUGACUUCAAGAGCCAAAAACACUUGAAUUUGUACUUAAAUCUGCACACUUUCAAUGUAUUAUCAGGUAAUAUAAUUUUAUGGGGGAUUUAUUGAUUGAUUUGGUUGGGAUGAAUGGGCAAGCAUGCCACUUAUGAUGAAAUUGUCAACCAGUCUUAUUUAGUUUAAUUUUUUUUUUUAAUGUUCAUUAAAUUGACAAAUGAUGUACUUGGCGCUUGUGUGUGGUGUUGCCUCCAGGGGGCAAUAUAAUCUUAGACUGUUCUUAUUGGGUGAAUCGACCCUGCUAGACUUUUAGCAAAACACACUUUGUAAAAGAUAACUUUUUGUUUAACUAGAAAAAGAAUAUACUUCAAAAUUUACAUUAAAUGUCACUCAAUGCAUUGCCGAGUCAUUGUCCAAAUGUAAAGAAGUGCCUAUAUUAAAGACUAGCAGUUUACAAGUUUCAAGGGCCUUGGCAUCUUUGCGUUGGGUGGCCAUAGUGUACUUUAAAAAAUGUCACACAUGCAGCCAAUGGUUAAUGGCUAAUAGUCGAAAUACUACAAAGUUAACUGCAGUGGAUAUAAUUAGGGAAGAGACUAUCUGAUAUACAGUAGCCAUUCAGUGUCCUCACUUGUACAAACUAGAAAAUAAUUAUUAAACUCAUCGCUACAUUGUCUAUAUGGAACAUGAAUCUAUGAAAAUGGCACUCGAACUUGUUUUCAAAAGCUGGAUUUUUGAUGCCUCACUGUAGAGGCAUGAGCUAAUAAUAGACAUUAUUUUUAUAAGUUUGAUUCAAUCCAGUAAUGAGAAUCCUUGAGAUGUAGAAGUGAAUGAAGAUGGUGGUCAAUUGUGUGAUAAUCCACACCCAGUGGGGCUCCAUGACUGCAGAGAAAAUGCACAACAACGGAUGUGAUAUCGCUUCCAUAGAUCUAUUUAAUUACCUUAGGUGUGUGUAUCAAAUCGGAGUAGAGAUUAUAUUCAGACACACUUUGUUUCCAUAAGUAUUCACUCACAGGCCAUCAGUCAUGAUUUUAAGCGACAUCCCAUUCAAAAAUAAUAGUGUUCAAGGAAUUAUAAACAGAACAGCUUCAACUCUUUGAGGAUUUUUCACAUGGAUUUUUGGAGUGUGUGUGUGUGUAUAUAGUAGCUUUUGACCAUUCAAAGCACAUUUGUGAGAUCAAACAGUGGUUUUCAUGACAAGGCCUGAAUCUCUUUUUUUUGAUUGAUUUUAAUUAGUUCUUUGCUAUUAAUUGCUGUUUAUUACCAUAAUUUAUCUGAUACCUUUAAGAGAAACAAAUACACUGCUGGCCAAAAGUAUUGGCACCCCUGCAAUUCUGUUAGAUAAUGCUCAAUUUCUCCCAGAAAAUGAUUGCUAUUACAAAUGCUUUGGUAGUAAUAUCUUCAUUGAUUUUGCUUGCAAUGAAAAAACACAAAAGAGAAUGGGGAAAAAAUUUAAAUCAUUAUUUUACACAAAACUCCAAAACUGGGCCGGACAGAAGUAUGGGCACCCUUUGAAAAAUCAUGUAUUGCUUCUCUAAUUUGUGUAAUUAACAGCACCUAUUACUUACCUGUGGCACACAACAGGUGGUGGCAAUUACUAAAUCACUCUUGCAGCCAGUUAAAAUGGAUUAAAGUUGACUCAACCUCUGUCCUGUGUCCUUGUGUGUACCACAUUGACCAUGGAGAAAAGAUAGAAAACCAAAGAACUGUCUGAGGACUUGAGAAGCAAAAUUGUAAGGAAGCAUGGGCAAUCUCAAGGCUACAAGUCCAUCUCCAAAGACCUGAAUAUUCCUGUGUCUACCUUGCGCAGUGUCAUCAUUAAAGCCCAUGACACUGUCGCUAACUUCCCUAAAUGUAGACGGAAAAGAAAAAUUGAUGAGAUUUCAACAAAAGAUUGUGCGGAUGGUGGAUAAAGAACCUCGACUAACCUCCAAACAAGUUCAAGCUGUCCUGCAGUCCGAGGGUACAACAGUGUCGAGCCGUACUAUCCGUCGGCGUCUGAAUGAAAAGGGAUUCUAUGGUAGGAUUGGCAGGAAGACCUCACUUCUGACCCAGAUACAUAAAAAAGCCAGGUUGGAGUUUGCCAAAACAUACCUGAGAAAGCCAAAAACGUUUUGUAAGAAUGAUCUCUGCUCAGAUGAGACAAAAGUAGAGCUUUCUGGAAAAAGGCAUCAACAUAGAGUUUACAGGAGAAAAAUGAGGCCUUCAAAGAAAAGAAAAUGGUCCCUACAGCCAAACAUGGUGGAGGUUACCUGAUGUUUUGGGGUUGCUUUGCUAUCUCUGGCACUGGACUGCUCGACCGUGUGCAUGGCAUUAUGAAUUCUGAAGACUACCAACAAAUUUUGCAGCAUAAUGUAGGGCCCAGUGUGAGAAAGCUUGGUCUCCCUCAGAAAUCAUGGGUCUUCCAGCAGGACAAUGACCCAAAACAC